ACAGCCUCAUUGCGCGGGUCUGUCAAAAAUAUCUGCCCCUUAAAUGUAUCCAGCCAACGCUUCAGCUAGUGUUUGUAAUGAUUAUAUAGUUUUCGUUUAACGUUGUUUGUCGGAUAAAAUUUGUCAGAGGAGAACACCGGUAUGUUGUAUGCAGCCUCCUUAGCAGAAACUCAAGCGUUAAAUUAGUAUACGUAACAGACAGUCCAUAAAUUGGAUUAGCGCUAAGUAAAGCCACCAGUGAAUGAUAGUUUAGCAAACUUGCUAGCCAGUUAGCUAGCUAAACGGUAUGUUUAGAGCGAAGACUUGAAAAUAUAACGUUAACGUUACAUUUUGACAAACGGAUGUGAUUUGCUAUGCGUUAACCAACGUUAGCUGUCAAUUUAAGACACGAAUGGUAACGUUAAUGUAACGUUGGCUAGAUAAUUCCGCGUGUGUCGUCCUUCACCAUUUUAGGGUGUGUGCUAACGUUACAUACAUUAGCGUUACAAGGUUAACGUCUUUAGUAACGCUAGCUAUCAGCUCGUGUAGAAGUCAUUAACGUUAGGUCAACAACAUGGAUAACGUUAGUUUUAGUCAGCAGCGGUUUGAAUCCACCAGCAGUAAAUCUCAAAAGAGGAAGGGUUCUUCCAACCAAAACACAUGUAAUGAUGAAGGAGACCGCAAACCAAAGUUUCACUUACCCUUUAGAAACAUCACAGAUGAUGUGCUGGACAGAUUCGCCAGUAUUCGGAUUCCGGGUAGUAAAAAGGAGCGGCAACCCCUGUCACACUCUAAACACAAUACGAAUGAUUGGUCCAUUUCUUCAUCAUCUACCUCGCAUCAGUUUGAGGAACUUUCAUCCAAGAUCACCUCGGAAAAAGAGAUCUUGGCUCUGUUUGAAAAGAUGAUGGAGGACAUGAACUUGAAUGAGGAAAAAAAGACUCCUUUGAGAGAAAAGGACCUCAACACAAAGAGAGAAAUGGUCAUCCAGUAUGUUUUUACUGCCUCUAAAACUGGUAGUUUGAGAAGCAGCCAUCAGAUAUCUCCCCAGGAAUUCCUGGGAGAGCUGAAGUCGGGGGUUAUGGACGAACGUCUGUUUGCCUGUCUAGACUCAUUGCGGGUGUCCCUUACCAGCAACCCUGUCAGUUGGGUGCAGAGCUUCGGCCACGAGGGUCUUGGACUGCUGCUGGACAUUUUGGAAAGGUUGCUGUUCAAGAAACAGCAAGAUAAGCUUGACAAAAAGAAUCAACAUAAAGUUGUCCAGUGUCUCAAAGCCUUCAUGAACAAUAAGUAUGGGUUGGAUCGAAUCCUGGGAGAGGAGAAAAGUCUUGCGUUACUGGCAAGAGCCAUUGAUCCCACCCAGUCUGCAAUGAUGACUGACGUGGUAAAGCUGCUGUCAGCCAUCUGCAUCGUGGGUGAAGAGAACACUUUGGAAAAGGUCCUUGAAGCCAUCACCACAGCAGGGGAAUGGCGAGCCAUCGAGAGGUUCAGUCCCAUUGUGCAGGGACUACGAGAUCGCUCGGUUCAAUUACAAGUGGCAUGCAUGCAGCUCAUCAAUGCACUGGUAACAUCCCCUGAUGAGCUGGACUUCAGGCUGCACAUCAGAAAUGAAUUCAUGCGCUGUGGCCUGAAAGAGAUAUUGCCGCAUCUGACAACCAUCAGGAAUGAGGCCCUUGACAUUCAGCUAAAGGUAUUUGAGGAACACAAAGAAGAGGACAUGAUAGAGUUCUCUCACAGGCUGGAAGACAUCAAAAGCGAACUGGAUGAUGUGGGGGACGUGUUCAGUAUUGUACAGAGCAUGGUGAAGGACAGCAGUGCAGAGCCCUAUUUCCUGUCUAUACUGCAGCACCUGAUGCUUAUACGCAACGACUACUUGGUCAGGCCCCAGUACUUUAAGAUCAUUGAGGAGUGUGUGUCUCAAAUUGUGCUCCACCGUAGUGGCACUGACCCAGACUUCAGUUACCGCAAGCGCCUAGAUGUGGACUUCAGCCAACUCUUAGAGGUGUGUGUAGAUAAAGCUCGAACUGAUGAGUAUGAACAAAGAGCUUCAGAACUGGCAGAGAAGUUUGACGAGGAGUUUCUAAGCAGACAGGAGGCACAAGCUCAGCUGGUUAAGUGUGAUGAAAAAAUAGCUGAACUCCAAGCAGAGCUGCAGGCCUUCAGGUCCCAGUUUGGAGCUGUACCUGUGGGUCUGUCCUCUGCCCAUGUUGGACAGGCGUCAUCUUCCUCAGCAUUCCCAUCUGGGCCUCCACCCCCUGCUGCAGCAGCUGGGCUGCCAGCUCCCCCCCCUCCGCCUCCUUUGCCUGGUUGUCAUGCCCCACCUCCCCCACCUGGAGUGCCUCCUCCAUUUGGUGCCCCUCCUCCACCCCCUCUAGGGUUUGGGGGUGGUCUAGGCUCCCCCACCCACCAUGCACUGCCUUAUGGCCUCAGGCCUAAGAAGGAUUUCAAGCCUGAGACCUCCAUGAAACGCCUCAACUGGUCCAAGAUUCGUCCCCAGGAAAUGUCAGAUGGCUGUUUCUGGGUGCGGGCUGAUGAGAACCAAUAUGCGAAACCAGAGUUACUGUGCAGAGUUGCUCUCACUUUUUGUUCACAAAGAACAGAAACCAAGGACUGUGAGGAGAGUGUCCCAACAGAGGAGCCACCCAAAAAAGAAGAGGAGGAUCUGGAGGAUAAAAAAUCCAUAAAGAAAAGAAUUAAAGAGCUCAAGGUGCUGGAUCCUAAGAUUGCACAGAAUCUAUCCAUCUUCCUGGGUUCCUUCCGUAUGCCUUACCAGGAAAUUCGUCGGAUGAUAGUGGAGGUGGAUGAGGAGCAACUCACUGAACCUAUGAUCCAGAACCUUGUGAAGCACCUACCAGAGCAGGAGCAGCUGAGCGCCUUGGCCAAGUAUAAAAAUGAGUACGCAAAUUUGUCGGAGCCUGAGCAGUUUGGGGUUGUGAUGAGCAGUGUGAAGAGGCUGCGUCCUCGCCUGAGCCACAUCCUCUUUCGGCUGCAGUUUGAGGAGCAGGUAAACAACCUGCGUCCAGAUAUCCUGGCUGUAAACGCUGCGUGUGAUGAGGUCAGGAAGAGCCGCUCCUUUGGCCGCUUGCUGGAGCUGGUGCUGCUGCUGGGGAAUUACAUGAAUGCAGGAUCUCGAAACGCCCAGUCAUAUGGCUUCGACCUCAGUUCCCUCUGCAAGCUGAAGGACACUAAGUCAGCGGACCAAAAAACCACAUUACUCCACUUCCUGGUGCAAGUAUGUGAGGAGGAAUAUCCAGAUGUGAUCAAGUUUGUUGAAGACCUGGAGCAUGUGGACCGAUCUAGCAGAGUGUCUGCAGAGAAUCUGGAAAAGAGCCUCAGGCAGAUGGAGAUGCAGCUGCUGCAGCUGGAGAGAGACCUGGAGACUUUCUCCUCCCCCGAUGACCCCAACGACAUGUUCCUCACUAAAAUGGCUAGCUUCAGCAAGGUUGCCAGGGAGCAGUAUGGCAAGCUGGUGAUAAUGCACAGCAAUAUGGACACGCUAUAUCAAAACAUGCUGGAGUACUUUGCCAUCGAUCCCAAGAAGACCUCUGUGGAGGAGCUGUUUACAGAUCUCAGCAACUUCCGUGCCAUGUUCACUCAAGCACUGAAAGAAAACCUGAAGCAGAGGGAGUCAGAGGAGAAACAAAGGAGGGCACUGGCGGCAAAGGAGAAGGCUGAGCGUGAAAAGCAGGAGAGACAACAGAAGAAGAGGAGGUUGCUGGAAGUCAAUGCAGAGAAUGAUGAGACCGGUGUGAUGGAUAGUUUGCUGGAAGCCCUACAGUCAGGAGCUGCUUUUAGAGACCGCAGGAAGAGAGCACCAAGACCCAGAGAGAACCAGCAGCAGAUGAUCAGCCCCAGCUCCUUCCGCCAGGUUCUCAGGCCUGUUAACCAUGAAAACAACAAGGCACCUUUACAAAGGUCUCGCUCUCGGCAGAAUAUAAAUUUAGGUUCAGCGGUGGUGAAAGCUCCCCCUACCAAGGAGGCCCAUAACGAGUCUGAGGGCCAUCCAUCUGCAGCCCGCACCAAGGCUGCAGCGUGUUCGGAGUCAGGCCGCAGGUACAGGAACACCCCGAGUCACAGCCACUGGCUGGACAGAGAGAGGGUGGUGGAGAGAGAGACGGUUAAGCUGACGGAAAAUAAGAUGGAGGUUGAAGCAGAGCCUCCGGCCUUUCAGCCGUCCUCCACUGCUGCUGCGGUCAGCAGCUGUAGCAGCAAUGGAGAGUCCGAUUUAGAGGCUCUCCUGGCCAAACUCAGGGCCUUGUGAGGUUCCUUUACAUUGUCUCUGAAACUACAUACAUUUACAGUAUGUUUGUACCCACACAUAUUAACACACUCUGAAUGUGACCAAAAAGAUUUUUGCUGCAACAAUUUUGUAAACAAGCAGAAUAUGUAGUCGGUAAGAAAACGUUGUGAAGGAUUUGUCAUUGCGUAAAUAGCAGGGCAAUUGAAUUAAGCAAUAACAUCAAAUAACCAACAAGGAUUUUUUUAAAGCUUCGUAGAAAAUACAUUUGUAUAAAACUACCAAUAAAUUUAUGGACGAUGCUUUUAACACUCGGUAUAUUUCUAAAGGAAUAUUGAGAAAGUUGGAGCACAGAAUGUCCUCAAAAAUAAAUAAUAUAUUUAGAAAAGUUGAGUUGAGUUGAUUCAAUGGAAACACUUAAGCAUAUUGCCGGUAGUGUCAUACUUAACAGUUCAAAAGAGGAAAUGCAACCCAAAUAUAUUCAGCAGUAUCUACCGGAUCCUGUAAGUGCACUGCCAAAAGCGUUGGCUAUCAUUUAUAUAUUCCUAACUAUGAGAAUAUAAUAUAACGUUUUCUCUGAAAGUAAAAGAUGCAAUGUAGGUAAGCUCUUUCUUUGUAUUCUAGAAGUAUGCAAUAUUAGGUUAUCACAUUUUCUUUCACAUUGGCAUUUCCUUUGGCAAUUGCUUCUGUAGCACUUAUUUUACACAUUUAUCAUAUUAUGUUGUACUACCUGGAUUUUAGUUUUCAUCAGUUACUUUCAUAUGCAUGUUAGAAUUAAAAGACGUCAAGCUUAUACAGUAUCUGCAUUUAUUACUUUCAGUAUUUAAUUUUUUUCAAUGUUUUUCUCUCUUUUUUUUCUUCUUCGUUGAGGCUUUUUCAUUCCUGUGUUGGGGUGUCUUUUAUAUUCAAAACAUUGAUCUAAUUGUUUGUAUUUUCUAAAAAAGAAUGUGUUCUAUAAAACUAUAAAUAUGUAUACACAAAGGAUCAAUGAAUACGAGUUAUGCCAUAUGAUUGUACUUUAACAAGUUAGAACAGUAAUUAGAUGUUACUUGACAAGUCGAGUUUGGUUUUACUAGGCUGCUUUAUCUCAUUUAUACACAGUGAGAACAGGUCUGCACAAAGUGAACCGUAUCUGAGAGUAUUAUUGUUCAAAAUGUGGCACAAAAGAAACAAGUUCAUCCAGCCACAAGUUAACCAGAAUUGAUGCUGCUUUUCGCCACCUACAUUCCCACCAAAAUUACUCAUAUCUUAAGCAGACCUGUAUUUGUUGUAUCUUUAUCCGCUCACUUUUAUAUAGACCCAUUUACAAUAAAAUGAAGCAAAAAAAUACGUUGUCUCGUUUCAUAAAUCACAAAAGUUUCAAUUGUAUGACUGAAAUGAAUACAUGUCAAUGUUUGUGUGGCUGUUAGUGUUUAUUUAUGCUUGUUUUAUUCUCAGCGUGUUGCUUAUAGUCAUACUUUAACAUUUACCAAGUUAGUGCGCAGAAACACAGAUCACAUCCUCCCUAUAGCUAUUUUAAAUAGUUGCAUUGAUCAAGUAUACGACUUGAUUAGUGAUAAAUAGGGCUUUAGUAUUCAGCCUUCAGUUAGGUUGUAUGUGCUUGUAAUUGUAAUAAAGAUAUUUGGGGAAUAUGUUAGCAGCACCUGCCAGCUGAACUGGCACUUUGAUGGGGGAGACGAUAUGAGACAAUCAACACCGGCCCAAAUGGCUCAGAUCAUCCAUGCCCAAAUUCUCCCAAGUGAUGAUUUACUCCUUUUAUUAAGUGUUCACAAUAUUUUCUCUACCCCCUGUACUGUUUUUUCUGCAUUUGCUUGGCUUUUAGGUAGGCAUUCUUUUAGCAGGACAAUGUGCUACUAAGAGAGAACUGUAAGUGUUACUACAUGUUUUUGUCCACACAUCAGUGGUCUGUCGGUGGCGACUUUUGUAUGUUCCUCUGUUUCUUGUUGAUUCUUUAUUUUUAUUUACUCAUUUCAAAAAUGUGAUAAAUGGGCUCUUCUAAAAUGUAGUGCCUUGGUUGAACAACAUACAACAAAAAGAAGUUAUAGUGUGCAGUGUCCUUGUAGAAGUUCUCUUGUUGUUCGUGCAUAAUUUGCUACAUAAUGAGCUCAGUUUUCUUAUGAUUUGUGAAUGGGUUUGCUCAUAAAACUCUACAUAAUCACAUGUACACAUAAUACAAAUCCAGAUUUAUCAUACUUUCCGUACAUCUGCAUUGUUAAAUUGUCUAAAUAAAAGUCACACCUGACUCAAA